CGGAGGUCAAAGCCAAUCUGUAUCCUCCCGCCACCAACGAAGCCUCAAUUUUUCUUCCCGCGCGGUCGCACCAAAAUUCCCCUUCCACCGCCCUGCCGCCAAGCUCCCGACCCCGCCAGCGUCCCCUCGCCAAAUCCGGCUCCCCGGCGGCCCAAGCGCCCGUCGCUGACGCCUCCCGCCUCUCUACUUCUCUGUUGCCCCCGAUCCCCAGGUCGCCUAAACCCUAGCGGCUAGGGAAGCAGCAGUCGGGGGCCGGCUGGAAGGCAGACCAUCCGACCACGCUGCCCGAGCGCCCAGGAUUACCCCAGUUGCCAGCGUCAGGCGAGGAGGAUGUACGGGAGGCGCGCGUCACAACUGCUGAAGGAGAUUGACUCAUCCGAGGCUGGCCAGCUCGCGCCGUUCAACAGUGACGUGUUUGAUCAGGUCAUUAGAGAGUGCAAUGAGCACAAUUCACAGUUUCAAUCAUUGAUCAGGAAAAUGGUGGAGCAAAACCUAGACAUCGAAACAACUAGAAACGAGGACCACUAUGGUGCAGCUAUUCACCAUCUUUCCUUGCUCCGUAACAAAAGAUGCCUCAUGGCCUACAUGUACAACCGAGCAGAAGUUAUUCAGAGUUUUAGAUGGAAAGUUGGCCCUGUGCUUCCUCAUGAUAUCCAAGAAAAGCUCCAUUUCUCGGAGAAAGAGUACUUCAAGAACCACUCUGCAGCCAUCAAGUCAUAUAUAUCGGAAAUGGAUAUAGAUUUGACAGUGGACAUGGUCCCUCCCAAGGAUCCUUACAUUCAGGUUCGGGUGCUGGAGGAUAUUGGCGAAGUAUCUCUUGGUGACCAUUCCGUGUCAUUGACCAAGAACUCACUGCAUUUCCUAAGGCGCACAGAUGCUGAACAAUUUAUAUCUCAGGGUCUUAUGGAAGAAUUUCUGGAGUAGAGAUAACAUAUGAUGUAUAAUAGUGCUGCUGCCUGAUGGAACAAGCACUCUUCUGAUGCUUGCAGAGACUGUGUAAUGAUGGUGUUAUCUUGGGUGUGAAGGUACAAGGUACACGUGAUAUUUUCUGUACCAUGGAGCUUCUAACUAGCUGUAGCUAUGAUUUCUUGGUUUAGAUGAAUUAGUCAAAGUCUAUAACAGCUCUGUCGUGAUGUCUAUUUUCUUUGCGAUGUAUUUUUACACAGUAAAAUUUACCACUUCAUAGAUUAUAAGGAGUCCUAAUAAAAUUCAUUGCCUCUGUUUACAUUUGGACGUUGUGCCAGUGUGACAUCUAAGAAAGCUGAUGUUGAUAACAUUUAAACGUGUGCAUUAACAUUUA